AUGACCGAUAUCACAAACAAGCAUCCUGCGGUCGAAACCGCCUCAGAUGAUGACUCGUCCUCUGACUUCCGGGCCAUCGACCCGCACAGCGGCGUGAAGCGCGGUCUCAAGACCCGCCACUUGAGCAUGAUGGCCCUUGCCGGUAUCAUCGGUCCCGGUCUCCUGAUCGGCUCCGGCGGUGCCUUGGCGAACGGUGGACCCGCCUCCCUCUUGAUCGGUUUCGGUGUCAUCGGUAUCAUUGCCUUUAGCAUCAUGCAGAGUCUCGGAGAAUUGACUACCCUGUACCCCAGCGGCGGCGCCUUCACCGGUCUUGCCGACCGCUUCGUCGACAAAGCCUUUGGCGUGGCCGUGGGCUGGAAUUACUACAUCAUUUGGUUCUGCGUCUUGGCCAACGAGUACAAUGUCAUCUCCAGCAUCUUCACCUUUUGGGGUCCCCAGGUUCCCGUUUGGGGCUACUUCCUCAUCUUUUGGUUCGCCUUCCUUGCCUUCCAACUCCUCGGCGUGGAAACGUUUGGCGAGGCCGAGUUCUGGCUCGCUCUCGUCAAGCUGCUUGGUCUCACGGCCUUCUUCAUCUUUGCACUCACUUACGUAACCGGAGGCAUCAAGGGCGUAGAUGCCCUAGGCACCUUGUACUGGAGGGAACCCGGCCCGUGGGUGUCGGGAUUCCGCGGAGUCCUGUGGCGCAUCAUCUUCAUCUACAUGGGAUCCGCCCUCUUCUUCGGCCUCACCUGCCCCUCCGACGCCCCCGAUCUCGUCAGCGGAUCCAGCCGCGCCAUCAAGAGCCCCAUGACCGUCGCCAUCCAAAACGCCGGCUGGGAGGGCGGCGUCCACCUCAUCAACGCCUUCAUCUUUGUCACCUGCCUGUCCGCCAUCAACAGCUCCAUCUACAUCGGUUCCCGUACCAUCCUGUUCAUGGCCCAGGACGGCAAGGCGCCCCGUUUCCUCGGCUGGACCAACAAGCGCGGCGUGCCCAUCCCCGCCAUCGUCUUCACUAACCUCUUCGGCGCCCUCUCCAUGAUGAACGUCAGCACCGGCGCCGGCAAGGCCUACGGUUACAUUGUGAACCUGAGCGGCGUGUCGACCUUCCUCGUCUGGGGCGCCAUCUCUUUUACCCACAUCCGCUUCCGUCGCGCCUGGAUCGCCCAGGGCCACAGCGUCGACGAGCUGCCCUUCAAGGCUCUUUGGUACCCCUGGAACGCCUACUUUGGUCUCGGUGCCAACAUUUUCCUCGCCAUCGUCCAGGGCUGGUCGACCCUCUCGCCCUUCGACGCCGGAAACUUUGUGGACGCGUACAUUCUCCUGCCGCUCUUUGGCGUCAUCUACUUUGGCUACAAGUUCAUCUUCAAGACCAAGUACUGGAACUUGCACGAGAUCGACCUGCAGACCGGCAGACGGCGUGAUCUUGACGAGGGCAAGAGGAGCCACGAUGAGAACCAGGAGGCGGCCUCUCUUCCCUUCUGGAAGAAGCUGUGGAGGAAUUUCUAA